GGAGAUGGUGCUCUCAAUAAGGCAGAGGACUUUUCCGAUGCUAUAGAAGAUCUAGAGGAGAUGUUCGCUCCCCUGCUCGAGCUGCCGCUGGCGGAUACCUUGCAGCAGCUGGACAACCUGCACAGUGCUAAAUUGGAGGUUUCCUUGGCCUAUGCAAUUCACGAUCUUCUUUGGAUGUAUCUCAAAAUCAAGGGCGUUGAUGCCAACGGGCACCCCGUUGUUCAGGAGCUAACCCGCCUCAAGGCUUACUUCAAGAAAAUCCAAGAUGCAGAGAAUCAACCCGCAGAACAACGUAAGCUCGCCGUCGAUAAGGAUGCCGCUGCCCGCUUCAUCAACCACGCGCUCUCUGCUGCUCGAAAACUGCAAGACGCCGACGAGGAGGCAAAGACUACGAACGAACCGUAUGAGGCAAUGGAUGUUGUCAAUCCGAAUGUAUUCACAAAUGCGGGAAAGACGACCAUGUUGAAGUGGGCAUCAAAGGAGUCGAAGAAGCUAGACCAGGUUGGGCAAGGGUCAGAGGACGGAGAGGAGAGCGACCUGGAGAUGUUCAAUGACGAUGCAAAGGGCAACGAUGAAAAUGAAGGGGAAGUCAAAGAAUUUCCGGGAAGGUCUCAUAAGUCUAUGCCAGUGAGGGGCGAGCCGAGUGAGGGAAAAAUCAAGGUUAAAAGAGGAAGGCAGGAUCCGUUGGCUGGAUAUGAUGUUGGAAUGCCAUCUUCGGAUCAGCCGCCAAAGAAGAAGAAGAAGAAGAAGCGACAAGACUGAGGCUCUGGACAAUGUAGCAAGGAUUGGUUCUGGGAACCGUCACAACAGUUAUACCUAUAUCCGCAAAUGUACCAUCAUUACGAACGCA